CUAUCAGCAGAAAACAGCACGGUCCAGGAGUUCUUCCAGCAGGCACCAUGGAGUGAUUGCUUCCUUCUUCUUUUUUCUUUGAGCGGGUACGCAUGCCUAGUAGCAUGAAAAGCUGGACGUAAACAAAUAAGUCGGCUAUUUUGUUCUUCUGCGCAUGAGUCUGCCCCGGGAAAUUUGAAGAAAGAAGUAGGAACCCGAUCACUCCGUGGUGCCCGUUUGAGGAACCCCCGAGCGGUGCAGUUUUCUACUGAUAGGAGCAUCGGCCCGGGGUUUCAGAUCAAAGUUGGAAGAUGCAACACUCCCAAACCUGGAUUCUGUGAUUACUGUAUGAGGGUAAAAAGAAAUGGCACUGGAGGAACCUUACAAAGAACCCAAAACAACUUUUGGUGGUCCAGUGGUCAGUUGCCUUUACAAAGUCCAAGAAACACUCAGGGAAGAAGAUAAAGAUAUAUUCGACUACUGUAGAGAGAAUAACAUCUCACGUGUAUCACAUGCAUUGUCUACAGGAAUCAUGGAUGUGAAUAUAGCAGAUGAUGAGGGCCGAAGCCUUUUGCACUGGGCCUGUGACCGUGGACACACUCAGCUGGUAUCUGUUGUUCUGUUUCAUAAUGCUCAUAUAAACAUUCAGGACUCAGAGGGACAGACGCCUCUCCAUUAUGCCUCUGCUUGUGAGUUCCCAGAUAUAGUAGAUCUUCUCCUGGAUCACGGUGCUGACCCAUCCCUUGUGGAUAAUGAUGGUUUUCAGCCACAUGAAGUAACGGACAGCAAGACUAUUGCUGCAAUGCUGCAACAACAUGUCUCAUAUGGGGAACACAACAAAUCCCCAAGCCUUCUCUUAGAAAUGCCACAGUAAACAUACAAUGCAAAGAUUUCAAGUCUGCUUCAUUUGGUUUCCAUUACAUCUCCCAUUAACGAAAAAUGUCUUUGGCUUAUGCAAUGUCCAUUUUAAUUCCUGUUCUCUUACAGGCCGUCGGUUAUAACUAGCUCAAAUGAAGCCUUUAUUUUCUUUAGAAAUUAUUUUGUCAGUAAUGAUGAACCAUUCAUGCAUAUUUAAGUGUUGUGAUAUUAAUAAAUUGGUUUGCUUUUA